AGGUUUUUGGAAUUAUCCCUAAAGGUCAAGGUAUUUGAACUUCUGAAGGCCUGGCAGAAUCUCAGCAUUUCUCAGUGGAACCUAUUAAGAAGAAGGAAGAGAGCAACAUGAAGAUGACGAGAAGGCAGCUAAGAGUCAAUCUCAGCCCAGUUGGUUUAUACACUAUUGGACAGACCUGCUGCCUUAACUCUGUGAUUCAAUUGUUGAUUAUGAAUGUUGGUUUCACCAAGAUAUUGAAGAGGAUAACAGUGCCGAGGGGAGUGGAAGAGCAAAGGAAAAAUUUCCCCUUCCAGCUGCUUUUGCUGAUGGAGAAGAUGCAGAAUAGUCGGCAGAAAGCAGUGCCACCCAUGGAACUUGUCUACUGUCUUCAGAAGUACUAUGUACCACUGUUUGUCCAACAUGAUGCUGCUCAACUUUAUCUCACAAUUUGGAACUUAAUUAAAGACCAAAUCAUGGAUGUAGACUUGGUAGAAAGGUUACAGGUCCUAUAUACAAUCCGAAUGAAGGAGUCUCUGGUUUGCCUUGAGUGUGCCAUGGAGAAUAGCAGAGACAGUAGUAUGUUGACUCUCCCUCUUUCUCUUUUAGACAUGGAUUCAAAACCCCUGAAAACACUGGAAGAGGCCCUUCACUAUUUCUUCCAUCCCAGGGAGUUAUCAAGUCAAAAUAAGUGCUUCUGUAAUGCUUGUGGGAAGAAAACCUUUGGGAAACAGGUCUUCAAGUUGACCCAUUUGCCCCAAACUUUGACAAUUCAUCUUAUGCGGUUCUCCAUCAAGAAUAUGAAGACAGAAAAAAAUUGUCAAUCACUGAAUUUCCCACAGAGCUUGGAUUUAAAUCAGGUCCUCCUGGUUGAACCGGGCCUCUGCAAUGCUGAGGAACAUGUUGGAGGACAAUAUGAACUGUUUGCUGUAAUUGCCCAUAUGGGAAUGGCUAAUUUUGGUCAUUACUGUGCCUAUAUCCGAAAUCCUGAGGAUGGAAACUGGUUCUGUUUCAAUGAUUCCAAUGUUUGUUGGGUUUCCUGGGAAGACAUCCGCUGCACUUUUGGAAAUCAUAGCUACCGCUGGAGAGAAACUGCAUACCUUCUGGUUUACAUGAAGACUGAAACCUAACGGAUGCACCAUAAACUUUAAGAGGUCA